UAUACGUUAGAUUAGAGAAGUCCGAAUGGAUUGUUUUAGAAAACAAAAACACUUGAUCAUGUGAGAAAAUUGAAACAGAAUAACUGUUGUUUACAAGAGCUGAAUGUAGCAGUUAAAAAUACCAUUUCAUUGGAGACAGUAAUUUGAGGUCUACAGAUGAAUGUUACAGGGGAACAAUUUUCUGCCAAAGUAAGAACAUUAUCAGACCUACCUGGAGCAUCAAAAGAAACUACCAUAGAUAAUACAGGUUCAGCCGGUAUCAUUCACCGUAUUGAAAAUAAUACAGCUUCAAUCAAAUUUACUGGUACUGUAAUUACAGGUCUAUCAGACGAAGAAAUUUCCUCUGAAGAAGAACAAGACUACUCCUUUAGAGAAAUAGGACCUGUUGAUGAAGAAACAUUGAAGAAAAUUAAUGAAAAAUUUGUUCCUGAACAUGAUGACGAUAUUGUGAAGUUAGAAAUAGACUUGAAAAAGCGAGGUCUCAGUGACGCAAGUAAAGAGGAAAGUAUUGAAAAGACAACAAAAAUUGAUAAAGGGGAAUCACCAAGUAACUUUAGUCAAAGUAGAUUUAAUCCUUUUGAUAGAGACUUGCACAUGGAAGAAGAUCAUUUUGAAAUCAAUAAUUCAAGACCUCGUUCAGGAUCCUUUUCAUCAUGGACCAAUUUAUCAGAGACAGGUGAUGAAAUCACUAUUAAUGCUGAACUUGGACUGGCUGAGGAUCAUUUCUCACAUCCUGAGGGACAUUUUGGUUUAAGUAAUCAUGAAGAAUUAGAGAUGGCUAUAGAGAAUUGUAAAGAAAUGAUCAGUGAAGCACAGCCACACUCAGACCGAAUGAAAAAUCUGGUUCAGAAAUUGAUUCAGCUACGGCUGAAGUUACAGGAACUUAAGGAAGGACCGGAACCAGUAUCCUCUGAUAUUAAGAUUGUUCUGGGACACAAGUUUACAAUCCAAGAAAGUCGCAAUGCUAAGCAUUAUUGUGAGAAAUGUAAUGCAAUGAUACUAGGGGUCAUUCAGACAUGGCUCAGAUGUGCAGAUUGUGGUUACAGCUGCCAUGAGAAAUGUGUCAAUGGCAUCAAAAGAACUUGUGCAAGUUUAAAGGUUGCAGAAAAUGGUAUAUUUUGUUUGUCAAUAUGCCCAGAUAGGGGUUUAUCAGCUCAGAACUACAGAUGUGCUGAAUGUAGAAGUCCAAUUUCAUUUAAAAGUGGAUUCAGUGAACCACGACUAUGUGAUUACAGUGGGAACUAUUAUUGUGAACUUUGUCACUGGAAUGAUACUAUGGUUAUACCCUCUAGAGUUCUGCAUAACUGGGACUUUGAACCACACAAGGUUUGCAGAGCUUCCAAACAGUUCCUUAAAUUGAUGACAGACAAAGCUGUGAUGAGAAUCCAAGAUGUUAAUCCAAUGUUGUUUAACUAUGUGGAAGAAUUAAGUGAAGUUAAGAAAUUACGCGAAGAAUUACUGAUAAUGAAAAAAUAUCUCUUGCUUUGUAAGAAUGCAAUGAGUGAGAAAUUUCUUUUGAUGUUAAAGGGUAGACAACACUUUGUUGAAAACUCAGAUGUGUAUUCGAUGCAGGAUUUCCUAGAUAUACAAUCAGAUAAAUUGUUAGGAGAUUUAGCUACAAUCCAUUCUGCCUGGGCUCAACAUAUUAAAACAGAUUGUGAGCUAUGUCGAGCUAGAGGAUUUAUUUGUGAGUUGUGUAAAGACCAUACAGAAACAUUAUUUCCAUUUGAUAGUGUAGCAAUAGUGUGUUCACAGUGUUCAAAUGUAUUACAUAGGCAUUGUUUUGUCAAGAAGGGAUCUCAGUGUCCAAGAUGUGAAAGGAAAAACAAAAGGAAAGCUAAUUGACACCAUUCCAUUCAUGUAUACUGUAUACCAGAAAUUCAUACAACAUAUUCAAAAAUGUGCAAUAAUUGUGAAAUAGAAUUCACUUGUUUCCUAAUCCUGUUUGUCUUUCAGAUAUAUUUUUGUAAUAAAAUGUAAAAAUGUU